AUGCCAGUGUACUUCCCUGUCUUCGCUGGCCUCGGAUCUCCUUCGCUCUUCUCCGCCGAGACCCUAGACACGGCAGCCAGGGAUGCUGGGCUUCCCGAAUGCAAGGCUUUCUUGCAGGGCUGUCUGGAUGUUUUUCAGACAGAGGUCCAAAAUGCCUUAGAGAGGAAAAUCCUUGACAAGGAUUCAAUCAAUUUGACAGAUUUUCUGAACAUUGCGGCGCUAAUUCGGCCCCCGCCGCAGUAUUACCAAAAUCCUUUGGUGCAGCAUACCACGCUAUACCUGAUUCAAGUCCUCCGUUACAUCAGCCAUCUGUACAUUACUCAUGGCCACAAGAGGAGGAUCCAGGGCGCCGCGGGGUUCUGCGCUGGCUUAUUGCCUGCAGCAGCAGCAGCCACGUCCGAUCCCGAGCUGUCAUUCAUCAGCCUGAUGUCACGGGCGUCUGAGUUUUUCCGGGUGGCUGUCUGGGUGGGUAUCCGGACUGAGAGUCAUCGGAGAGCAAUGACCAUGACAGAAUCAAGCCCAGAGGACUCGGAGCAUCCGCCUUGCACUUUUAUGGUGGGAAGGCUCCCACCGAGCGAGGCGGCUGAUUUGCUGGCAGAGUGGAGAAAGUAUAAGGCCGACUGCAGCAUCUACCUGUCGGCCAUCCUCGCCCCCGAUCGGGUGACCGUGAGCGGGCGGCCGUGUGAGCUGCAGGAAUUUAUUUCGCGGACAUUACCGGCUCAUUGUUACCGCAAACCGCUCAACGUCUACAGUUUGUACCACAACCGAAUGUUGUUGGCCGAGCUCCGGGGUCAGGUCCUCGAGGAUUUGCGACAGAGAGGCAGUCCCUGGAACUCGGAGAUACGACUUAUGGCACCGUUGCUCUCUACCACUACUGGACAGCCGCUCGUCCCGUCGGAGAGGGCAACCAUAGGUCAGUUUAUUGAGACCGUCUUGGAUCUGAUAUUUCUGGAUCCCGUCGACUGGGUCUGCGUCCAGGACUCCAUCGUAUCAUUCACUCGGAACCAAGAGAAUAGUGAAAGAUGUCAGAUCCUCAACUUUGGCCCGGGCUAUGGACUGUCUGCAGCCGCCUACCGAGAGAUUGUGGCCCGGCACGUCGACAUAAUCGACGCGUCGGUUGCAGAGAGAAUGGCGGAUUCGGCAUCUGGGCCAACGAAGAACGAAAUUGCCGUUGUUGGAAUGGCGGUGGACAUGCCGGGGGCGCCGGAUGUUAAUUCUCUUUGGAAGAAUUUGAUGCAGGGCGUGGAUUCGUCUUCCGAGAUACCGAAGUCCCGGUUCAAUGUGGACGAUUACUACAAGCGAGACGGCAAGAAGGGCAAUGGAAAUCGGUUUCUCCGCACUCGAUACGGCAAUUUUCUGCAGAAUGCAUUCCUGUUCGACCCAGAACUCUUCAAUAUCUCUCGUCGAGAAGCCAGUUCCAUGGAUCCCCAGCAGCGCGUGCUGCUCCAGACCGCAUACCGGGCGCUCGAGGAUGCGGGCUAUACCCCCGACAGCACGACUUCGUUUGCCCGAGAUACAUUUGGAUGCUGGGUCGGUGCGUCCACCUUGGACUGGGUUGAUAACCUCCGGAAUGAUAACGAUGUGUAUUAUAGUACAGGUAAGACCUUCUUCCAUUCUUCCUUGAAAGCGGGGGCUGAUGGGUGUACACUGGGAGGAACCCUGCGUGCCUUCUUGAGUGCGCGAAUUUCUCAUGUUUUUGGAUGGAGCGGACCUUCCAUGACGCUUGACACUGCCUGUUCCUCCUCUAUCGUAGCGUUGCAUCAAGCAGCGAGGUCCAUCCUGAUGGGAGACUGCAGAACCGCGUUAGUUGGUGCGGUGAACAUCAUCUCGAGCCCCGACAUGUAUCUGGGCCUGGACCGAGCCCACUUCCUCAGCCCGACGGGCCAAUGCAAGCCAUUUGACAUGGCGGCCGAUGGUUACUGCCGCGCCGAGGGCUGCGGAGCAUUUAUCAUCAAGAAACUUAGCGACGCGCUGGCCGAAGGGGACCGCAUCCACGCGAUCAUCAAGGGGGUCGAGAUCAACCAAAGCGGAAAUGCACACUCCAUUACACACCCGCACGUCCCCACGCAGGAGGUACUGUUUGCCAACCUAUUUCAGAAGGCGGGGAUUGAUCCGCGCGCGGUUUCUCUCGCCGAACUGCAUGGCACAGGAACACAAGUGGGGGAUCCUAGUGAAGUCGAAUGUGUCCGCCGCGUGUUAUGCAAGGAACGGGAUCCGCAUCACCCAGUUUAUCUCACAUCCAUCAAGGCCAACACCGGCCACUGCGAGGCGGCAUCGGGCAUGGCCGGUUUGGCCAAGAUCGUGCUUAUGCUCCGCUACGACAAGAUUCCUCCGCAAAUUUCCCUCCGCGAGCAGAACCCCAAAAUUCGCCCAUUCGGCGUCGACGGAGCCAUUGUAGAAAAGCACGGCUGUGAAUGGCCCCGCACAGCCUCAGGUACACCGCGACUGGCGAUCCUGAAUAACUUUGGUGCCGGUGGUUCGAACACAGUAGUCCUGGUACAGGAACACAUCAGUUCCGUGAACCACCCGCCACAAGCACAACGACGAACGGCGGAUCCAUCAGUCACACUGGUAUGCGGGUUCUCCGCGAAGAGUCCGCGCGCCCUGGCCAAACUCCAAGACGACCUAGCUGCGCACCUGGAUGCGUGGGCGACCCAAGCAGCGUCGGACAGAAAUGAUGCUGCCGUCUCGAUGCGAGACAUCUGCGCAACUCUGACGGCGCGUCGACAGCUAUACGACCAGCGUAUCGUCGUAACAGCCGAAUCAAUUGGCGAGCUUGCGCACAAGAUUAAGGCCGCCCAGCCAUCGCAUGGACUGGCUGGCCGAGCAGAAGCCAUUUUUCUAUUCUCAGGUCAGGGGUCGCAAUACCUCGGAAUGGGCCGCAGCCUCAUGUCUUUAUUCCCGGGCUUUGCCAACACAGUCAUGGCAUGCGAUCAGUGGCUCAUUGAUAACCAGUAUCCUUCCUGUCUGGCAAUUUUCGAAGCUCAACCACCCGAAAUCGGACAGGCCGGGGCCAAAACGACAGUGACUCCUCCACUUGAUCGCCUAGAAACCUGGGAGGCAUUUCAGACCGCUUUGUUCGUCCUGGAGGUGGCCCUAGCCAGGCUGUUAAUGUCGUGGGAUAUCAUUCCCACCGCAGUCGCAGGCCACAGUCUCGGCGAAUACGCAGCGCUCGUCAUUGCGGGCGUGCUAGAUUUCGAGGAUGGCCUCAAGCUCGUUGCGCAGCGCGCUCGUCUCAUGAUGCAGCGCUGCCCGCUGGACACAACAUCAAUGCUGGCAGUCAACACCAACGCGGCAGCGGUGCAAGCCUUAAUUGACUCGGACAAAUGCAACGACUUCGCGGUACUCACCAUCGCCUGCAGCAACAGUCCCACCAGUUGCGUGGUCGGCGGACCGAUUCCGACACUUCAAGCCCUUAAGCAUGUCCUGUCUCGAGGGAGUGAAGCUGCGAGGAGCAAGCUGCUCGAUGUGCCGAUGGCAUACCACACAGCCGCGAUGGAUUACGUUCUACCCGAGUUGGUCGAGUUCGCGUCCAAAGAGAUACACGUCUCGCCGCCGACGUUACCAAUCAUUUCCAACGUGCUUGGCCGGACGGUCCAGCCCGGCGAAACAGACAUCUUCUCGGCUGCGUACUUUGCCGCCCACUGCCGCAACCGUGUCGAGUUCGACGACGGUAUCAGUGACUUCCUGACCAGCGUGGCCGGGGCUACCGUGUCUACACCAAUCCAGAGGUGGAUCGAGAUUGGGCCCCAUCCAUCCGUGCAGCCGAUCCUCCGUGAACGGCUCUUGGGGGAUGCUGUAUUGCUCCCUGCACUUCUGCGAAACACUCCGGCGGAUGUGACCAUAGCGAAGCUGCUGAGCCACUUUUACGAAACCACAGACGGAGUCAACUGGCGUAAUGUCUUUGGCUGCGGCGCAUCGCUGGUGGAACUGCCGGGCAUGCCGUUCUUUCAGGAAGAGUUUCACACGCCAUAUCGCGAUACUAUGGAACCGCCUCCUUCGCAAGAGCAUGACAUCAGUGUCCAUGGCCUUUCGAUAUUCCCCUUACACUUUGUCCACGGAAAAAACAAUGAUGAUGGGGCAAUCUUCGAUACGCCUGCGGACUCGGUGAGGGGGUUCAUUGAAGGCCACCUUGUCUGCGGAUAUGCACUCUGUCCCGCCGCGGUAUAUCACGAGAUGGCUCUUGCCGCGGUUAACCUAAAUGAGUCGAAAUGCAGGAGACAAAUCCCCAAUAUAGAGAAAACAGUGUGGUCGCUCUCCAAGGUUCAGUACUCGGCCCCUUUCGUCUACGAAGAAAGCGCAGAUCAGGCGUUGCGGGUGAUUCUCAAGCCGCGCGUGGAAACUAGCCCGGGAUACGACUUCACGGUCACCUCGUACGAAGUCGGGUCGACCGUUCCCACUGACAACAUCAACAGAUAUUGCAAGGUUCAUUGUCAGGGCACUCUGCGGUGCAAGGCCAGGGCUAGCGUGGAACGGAAAUCUACCCGAAUCGCCGCUUCAUACCAGGUCCGCAUGGCGGACCUGGAUUCGUCUCCGGAUCUGCAAGUGUUCUCUCGACGUGCUAUGUAUGACAAAGUUUUCACGCGCGUCGUCUCUUAUUCCGAACCCUACCAAAAAGUCCAGCGCAUCCGCAUUGACCAGAACAAGGGCGACGCCCACGCGAUCUGUGAGGUCCCCCAAGCCCGCCUCGCGAGCAUCCCGUCGGCAAGCGCCAUUUUUAUGGACGUCUUGCUACAUGUCGCCGGGUUUGUGGCGAAUUUGCGCCUCAGCAACACGAUUAUGGCGAUUUGCACUGAAGUCGCAUCCGCGACCGUCCUACGCACUCCCGCAGAGUCCAGUGUUGCUUCGACUGACUCGGCACCGUUCGACGUUGUUUGCUCAGUCUUCGAUGUUUCAGCGGCUGGCAGCAGCUCCCGAGCCACAGUGGCAGAUGCUCAUGCACUAGAUGCGGAUGGUCGCGUUUUGGCCAUCUUCAAGGGGAUGGUAUUCCAACACGUGUCGCUAUCGCGCAUGAGCCACGCACUGACACUCGCGAGUCGGUGUCAAGGCAAGGCUGUAGCGCCAAGAGCGAAGGGAGGUUCCGUUUUGGAGAGUUUUACGCGCGCGGCAAUCCCCUCCUGUGCAAUGGGCACACCCCCCAUGUCUCUCCCGGACAGUCACCACGAUGUCAACAUUCGGCACUUGGUAGCGCAGACAUGCGGCAUUGAGCCGGACCGACUGACUGCCGAGUCGCAGCUCAAUGCCCUGGGCAUCGACUCGCUCAUGAUGAUUGAGCUAGGGAGUGAGCUGGCUAAAGCGACCGGCGGUGGACUUGCACCCGAGCCCCUCGCCCGUUGCGCGACAGUCGGCGACAUUGAAUUACUGUGCACCUCGUCGAUGUCGUCGAAUAGUAGUGCCAGCCCGACCAACGCGCCCGCUUCCACGAUUUCGGAGUCGGUGGCGAAAUUCUAUGAAGCGCAGAAUCCCAUGUCCGUGGAGGAUCCAAAGGGGACGACAGCGAGAGUGACUGACAUCAUUACCGAGAUUUGUGGCGCCAAUCCGGGGACGGUGGGUUCGAGUUCUGCGCUCCAUGCUUUGGGCAUCGACUCUUUGAUGAUGUUAGAGCUGGAAGACCAAUUUCGAGAGGUCUUCGGAGGCGACGCAGUUCCCGUGUCGGGAUUUGCUCAUUGUUGCACGGUGGGUGACCUUGAGAGACUGGCGACUGGAACAACCCUAUACCACGCCCUAACAGAUGACUCCAUGCUCUCCCCAUUCGAAGUAACCUUCCUCCCUAAGAUCUCAAAAAUGCUUGACCUCGCCCAUCAGCCUGAGAUCAUCCAGCAAACUUCCUCGUCUCCGACCACCCUCCCGAGUCUUCCGCUCUUCUUAAUCCACGAUGGCAGUGGCCUUUGCACACAGUACCGGCGUCUACAUAACCUCGGGCGCCCGACAUUUGCCAUCCAUGACCCGCUCUUCCUCUCACACAGGUUGGCUGGGCAACAAGCCUCGGCUUCUGCAUGGGCCAGUCUGCCGGCCAUGGCAGCCCACUACGCGCGAAUCAUAACGGCCACCAGCUCCGGGCCGUAUCUUCUCGGCGGCUGGUCAUUUGGAGGGGUGGUUGCAUUCGAGACUGCCCGCAUCCUAAUGGAAGAGAAAGACCAGGAAGGCCAGCCACGACCCCGCUGCGUCGCGGGCGUUGUACUCAUUGACUCCCCUCCGCCGGUGAGCCACACACCGUUAUCCGAAGAUAUCAUUCGCAUUAUCAGCUCGCCUUCGGGCAGUGCUACUGCGAACCCGACAGCCACUUUGAUCUGGAAGCUAGUACAGCGGAGUUUCCGAGCGUGUGCAGCGCUUCUUAGGGCGUUUGACCCGUUGGGUUUGCACGACGGUCGCUACGACACGGCCAACCGCGAAGCCGGUCCAAUGACGAGCUCUACUACGAGGAAUGGGGAGCUGGAGCAAUGGCCGAAAGGGAGUGACCGGCGGAUUCCCCGCAUCUUCCUGCUGCGGUCCAAUGAAGGCUGGAAGCCGCCCGUGAUGGAGAGCGAGAUCGUUAAGGCUUGUAUGCUACCGCAGCAUGUCUUUUUGGAGAAUAAGUGGCUUCAAAACCGUUCGGAUCGGUCGCUCGCGACCGCUGGUUGGGAGAUGCUGACGGCUCGUGCGGUGCCCUCGGUUGAUAUCCCGGGCAAUCACUUCCAGCCUUUUGAUACUGCCAAUGUUGACGUUGUGUCCGAGGCCGUUUGCCGCGCGUGUGUAGAUCUGACAUCAAGCUGGAUUGCGGCAGAGUAUUCAGAGGAUUGCUGA